AUGACCUACAACGAACACAAUGCAGAGGACAGCUGCCUAAAAAACCAGCACGGAUCUUGCCCUGCGCAGGACGAGUCUAUCAGUUUUAACCCUUCCCCUUCUCCGCGUGGAGAUCCCGAAAAGUCUUCGGCCCCGGUAACGGCCCCGGAGCAGCAGCCCGGCCUCGAGUACGGAGCCAUCGAAUCUUCCUCCACUAGCGACACUCCGACCGACAAUCAUCAUGAGCCCGAUCUUGAGUUUCCUGAGGGCGGUCUCCAAGCAUGGCUUGUAGUCUUUGGGUCCUUUUGCGGAAUGUUUUCCGUCUACGGACUCAUUAAUACUGCUGCUGUGUUUGAAUCGUACUUUUCUGAGAAUCAACUCCGAGCCUAUUCGUCUUCUCAGAUUGGAUGGAUCUUUAGUCUGUACUUGUUUGUCGUUUUUAUCGUGGGCAUUCAGGUCGGGCCUGUUUUUGACAAAUAUGGUCCCAGACUUAUUGUUCUUACUGGUGGUUUACUUAUCUCUGCCAGUUUAUUUAUCCUCAGUGUUUCCGAGGAGUUCUAUCAGAUCCUCCUAUCGUACUCAGUCGUCGGUGGUCUAGGAGGAGCUCUCCUCAACUCACCCUCCUAUGCAUCCAUCGCCCACUGGUUCGAUGUCCGUCGCGGUCUCGCAACAGGUUGCGCAAUGACCGCCGGAUCAAUCGGUGGUAUCAUUUUUCCAAUUGUCCUACAGAAGCUACUCCCUACCAUUGGGUUUGCAUGGACAACCCGCAUCCUCGGGUUCAUCAUUCUGGGUCUUACCGUCCCGGCUACCCUCUUUAUGCGGUCGCGUCUCCCUCGACAGAACAAAGUGACUUCUGUCUGGCCAGAUCUUACCAUCUUCAAAGACCUCAAGUUCACGUUCGCUGCGUUAGGGAUCUUCUUUAUGGAAUGGGGUCUCUUCGUGCCGUUGACCUACAUCGUGUCUUAUGCGGGGAGAUACUCUGGCGACGCCAAUAGCUCUUACACUCUAAUUUCGAUCCUCAAUGCUGGCUCAUUACUCGGUCGUUUCCUUCCUGGCUUCCUAGCCGACAAGAUUGGCCGCUUCAACGUCAUUCUUCUUACUCUUGGGCUGUGCAUCAUCUCAGCUUUCGCCCUGUGGUUGCCAGCUGGUGAUUCCCAGGGUAUGAUCAUCGCCUUCGCCGUUGUCUUUGGUUUCGCCUCUGGCUCGAACCUUGGAUUGACACCUGUUUGUGUCGGUCAACUCUGCGACCCGCGCGACUAUGGACGCUUCAUUUCCACGGCCUUCAUGGUCGCUAGCUUCGGAACUCUCAGCAGUCUGCCCAUCGCCGGUGCUCUUCUCGAGGCUGGAGGUAAUGGUGAAACAGGCUGGACAGCUCUUAUCGUUUUCGAUGGACUGUCGUAUGUAUUGGCACUUGCCUGUUUCCUCGCUGCGAGGGUGAUGGCUGUUGGCUGGAACGUAAAGAGCGUCUACUAA